UCCUAAAAUACAUUGUUUAUGAGAUAUUUCGGUGUAUCCAGACUUUUGGUACACCCUGUAUAUCAUCAUAUAUCAUUCCGCGGAAGUAUCGGAAUUGGAAUUCGUUAUUCUGUUUCUUUUCAAGGAGUUGUGGCAAAGUACGAACAGUGACGAAUUAUUCGCCAAAUUGAAGUUGCGCAUAUCUCAUAAAUCCCUCCGAGUUUAGAAUCUUUUAGAAAGCAGAGCAAUGGCAUCGACGCAAGACAGAAUGAAACUCAAACGUACAAGCUCGAGUGACACAUGGUCUACACGGGAACAAUUAUGCCUUGCAUCAAGUGUACUGAAGUCUGGGGAUCAGAAUUGGAUGAGUGUAUCCAGAUCAUUGAAGCCGUUUGUUGAAAAAGAACCGUCACGGCCAGUAGACUGGUUCUCGCAAAAGUCAUGUGCCAUGCAAUAUGCAUGUCUACUGGAAAAUACUGAUACACCGAAAAGAAAGAAGCGAGAAAGUGGCGAGACCACUAGUGAGUCCAUAGUUAGAAAAUUGACACAGGAGAGAAUAGCCGAGUUAAGUCAGAUUCUCAACCGUCAGAGGGACGAGUAUCUACGACUCAAGACUGAUAUAAAUCAUCUUAAGUCUAGUGCAAUAAGUGAUGAGAAGUUGGAGAAGAUGUGGCUCGAUAUACAACAGGAGGAACGCGAGACAGAGCAGAACGCACGGACUCACAUGAUGUGGCUGGCAAAACGUCAACAACAAUUGAAACAGGAUAUGAGUUCACCAUCUGUCUCAACUUCGAUUAUAAGUCAAACUCGUAAAGUAGUGGAAGGUACAACAGAGUUACUACAGGAAUCCACUACGACAGAAUCGUCGGCAGAGAACGACGAAGAAAAGAAAACUAACAGAGGUGGUAGAUCUCCAUUGCUGACAAGUCUACUGAAAUCCCCCAGCCCGACCACUCAGACUGUACAGUCCUUUCCGUCCACUCCCGUUCAAGUGAGCUCGCCGACCAUUACUAGUCUGCUUGGAUCAAGUCCCAAAGUGCUAAACACACAGGUAGCACAAAAUGUAUCGCCACAGUUACAGCAGUUGGUCUCGACGGCUAUAACCAGCGCAAAUACGACACCAGAACGGCCGUCCAUUGGUGCUCCUACGCUCUCUAUGCUGUUGGAAAUGCCAGCAAGUACACAGAGAGGCUCUUUAUCAAAUCUGCAAACAACUCCCACAGCAAUUGUAUCCCAUGCACAACAGACAACAACGACUGUGGCUACUACCUCUGAAGUGCACAAUUUACAGCAAGUUGCGCAAUCACAAACUCAAGUCGAACAGGCUAUCCAGAAGGAAACGAUGGCAGCAACGACGAUGUUGACAGUUCCAGCGACCGCCAUCACUUCGACAAAUAUGUCAGUGUCAGAGAAUAUGCAGAUGCAGAUAAUUGAUCACAUAGACGUGAUGCAUAAAGACAUAAUGGUAGAUGUGAUGGAUAAGGAUGAGAUAAAUGACAUUAUCGGCGACAUCGAGGAAUUGAUUAAGGAAGAGAUCAAAGAAGAUAUCCCCAAUAGCUCACAGACGAUGGACACGAGUGGCUCGACAACAACAGCAACGGCAACGGCAGUUAUCAAUAGUCCCGCCAAUAUGCCCGAACAAGCGACCGAAGUGCUGAUAGCAACAACGGAACAAAGGCCGCAGUCAAGAGAUGUAGAUGAGGCCGUGUCGCUGUCCGAUUCGCCGCAAAGCGAAAUGGCAAUUGAGGAGAUCGAUUCUAGUACUUCAAAUAUUGCCGAAAUUAUUGGAACCGUCGCCAUAGAUUCGCAAGAACCUAAAAUUAUUGUCACAGAGAUCACACAGACCAUACCAAAUACAUCAGAGACCAAAUCCGAGACGAGUAUGUGUGAAAAGAGGACGACUUUAACGGACCAGCUUGUUUCGAAGACAGAAAUCAAAGAUGAAGAAACUAGUAAGGAUAUUCCAAUAGAAGAGAAACGAUCAGAUAUUGAAACAAAAUCUAUGAACACCUUAUCGAACGUAAAGAUCGAGGAUAAUAACUCUAAACUUUUGGACGAAACGAAGGAAACAAUAAACGAAAUUGUGGAAGACGUGGAAGAGGAAGACGGGGAGGAAGAGGAAGAGGAGGAAGAAACGGAAAUGACUGCGCCUGUUUAUAAAGAAUCGUCUGAUAGCGUUAAAGAGUCGAAGGAACCAACAGAAGAUACUGAAGGGGAUCAGCAGGACCUACCAUCCGCGGAGAUUGUCAGCAUCUCUUCAGAGGUGACGAACGAUCUACCCAGUGCCGAAGAUACAGAGAAGUCGCAAGAUAUCAGCUUGAUCCUGGAGGACGACGAGAGCAACCAAAGCAUGGAAAAUAAAAAGAAGAAAGCGGCGACAGAAGAGCAGAUCGUCGAAAACACGAUUGAAAAUACAGAAUCCUUAGAAUCUUUUAAAGAGGAAUCGACAAAAGAAAAGAAUGUUGUAGAGAUAAAGGAAGAGUCUUUGAUAAAGUUACAGACAGAAGAAACGAACGAAGAAACGUUGGAGAUGAGUACAGAGCUUAAGAAUGUAAAGAUCAAAGAUUCCUCGGAAGACACUACAAGUUCCGGCUUACAGGAUAUAGAAGUUAAAGAGGAGGAGUCUGACAAAGAACCAACCGACGAAAACGAGGAUAUUAAACAAGUGACCGUAGAGGAAGUAAAAAGUGUCAAAAGCGAGCCAGUUGAGGCUACAGAAAUAAACAUUAAGAAAACAGAAAGUGCAGAAAUCAAAUCCGAGGAAUCAAAAACCGAAACGAAAUCAGAAGUUAGCAGUUUGUUUCACAGAAAGAGCCCACUUCACGAUACAUCGGAGGAAGACAAGAAAGAGAAAGUGGAAGUGAAGAAAGAGGAGAAAGAGGAUGUCAAGAAAAUCACGGAAGGUGAGCAGAGCGUAAAGAAGGAGAUAGAAUCUACAGUCGUGGAAGAACCCGGGGAAUUGGACGAGGAGGAGUCCUCGUUGAGCAAAUUGAGUAGCAACCGAGCGAUGAAAACGUACUCUAAGAAGCAGAACGUUGCUGUGGACAGUGAACCAGAAAAUGAAAGCACUGGAGAGGGCGCGGAUUAUCGUGCUUGGAAGAAAUCGGUUUUGCUCGUCUACAAUCGUUUGGCCACGCACAAAUACGCGUCGGUGUUUCUCAGACCGAUCACAGAAGACCAGGCACCCGGAUAUCAUUCGGUGAUCUUCCGACCGAUGGAUCUAUCGACCAUCAAGAAAAACAUUGACAAUGGCACGAUUAGGACGACCACACAUUUUCAGAGAGAUGUCAUGCUUAUGUUCAAGAACGCGAUCAUGUACAACAAACAUGAUACGUUUAUUUAUAAAAUGGCAAUUUCAAUGCAAGAGGAGAGUUUGCAACAUAUGCAGAUUUUGGUACAAGCAAAGGGAGAAGGAACGUUCCGGAGGGAGACCAGAACUGCUGCAAGUAGUAGUAGCGAGACAAACGAGAAUAGCCUUAAGCGGAAACGAAGUCACAUCACUCCGAGUCCCCACGAUACCGAUACUCCGCGCUCGAAAAAACGCAGAAAAUCCGAGAACGAUUAAAAACUCGAUUAACAAAUUGUACAUAAAACUGUAAAAAUGUGCUUAUAAGAAAAAGGGAAAUGUAGCAAAGAAGAAUGAUGGAGAAUAGAGUCAUAUUUUUCAGGCAUUGACAAAAUAUAUAUCAAUGUUAUAUGAAAGUAACUGAUAUUCUUAAUAUAUCUACAAAGAAAGCGUAUGUGUGAUAUAAUCAUUAUAUAAUGUUGAUUUAUCUCUCUCUUAUUUUGUAAGGCCAAUUUAUGAUACAACUAUAGUACUCGCG